AACAAGUCUAAUUUAAACGUGGAACCGCUCAUAUUCUGAGUUUUCCCCGUUUCCCUCCAACAUUUUCAAACCCUAAAAAGUUCAAAAUCUUCAUUCCUUUCAACCGAAACCUUCACUGUAAUCUGCACAUUCUCAAUGUCAUCUUCCACCGUCUCAGUCACCGCAAACCCUACCGGUGCUCCGUUACGCAGGCACACACCCACCGCCGUCAAAAAUUCCGACUUAGAUCCAUUCGACACUUCUCCGGUAACCGCCGCAGAAACCAAUCCAAUCAAAGCCGUAACCGAAACUAUUCCAACCAAAAACCCGAAGUUACGAAAACGGACCGCUGUUAAGAGUUCUAGAUCUCCAUGGAAGACCGCUGUAAGUGUUAUUGUUAAGAAUUUGAGUCUGUUAGUUAUACUGUUGGUUCUCAUUCAGAUGAUUCGUAGGCUAGGGUUUAGUCAAAUUGGGGGUUUUGAGUCUGUGUUUAGCCCUAGUUUGGAUUACGAAAGGCGGAUUGCGGAUGUGGAGGAGUUAGUUAUGACUAUAGAGAAUAUGAUGCAAGUUCAAGUUAACGAUGUGGACCGUAAGGUUACGAGUGAGGUUUUAAGUUUAAGAAGCGAGUUAGGUAAGCGAAUUGAUGGCGAGCGAGAUAGAUUUGUGAAAAGGUUUAGCGAAUUCGAUGGACGAGUCAAAAGCGUUGAGAGAUCGCUGAGUGUUAAUAACAUGAUAUCAAAAGAUGAGUUUGAUCGGUUUGUUGAGGAUUUGAAGGGGAGAAAGGGGGUUGGUGAAAUAGGGGGAACGAAGUUGGAUGAGAUUAGGGCUUAUGCUAGGGGAAUAGUGGAGGAUGCGAUUGGGAAGCAUGCUGCUGAUGGGAUGGGUAGGGUUGAUUAUGCAGUGGCGUCAGGCGGGGCGGCGGUGGUGAAGCAUUCGGAGUGGUUUAGUGGUGGGAAAAAAGGUGGUGGUUGGCUUAGUGGGAGUUUAAGGAAUGAUGCGUUGAAGAUGCUGCAGCCGAGUUUUGGUCAGCCUGGCGAAUGUUUUCCUCUUAAGGGAGAUAAUGGUUUUGUUGAGAUUAAGCUUAGGAGUGCUGUUGUUCCAGAGGCUAUAACUCUUGAACAUGUUUCUAAGAGCGUAGCAUUUGACUGGUCAACUGCUCCCAAAGACUGUAAAGUAUGGGGAUGGUCGCGCAACGAGGAAAAUACACAAAAGGAGCACUUGCUGACGGAGUUCACAUACGACCUUGAGAAGAGUAGUUUGCAAACCUUUGAUGUGUUGGACACAGAAGGUGCAAACCCGAUCAUUAUUGAUACAGUCCGGCUACAAUUCAUGUCAAAUCACGGAAGCCCUACACAUACUUGCAUAUACCGGGUCAGGGUCCAUGGUCAUCAACCAGAUGUUUCAUAAGCUAUCUCGGUUCGUUAUUUAUGAAGUCUUAUGCAACUUAAUUGUAGAUUGUGUAUUGUUUUUUCUGACCUUGACUAGUUCGGUUGUAUGUUUCUAUGUUUCUGCUGAGAUCUCAAUUCUAGCAUCUAUGUGAUGGUUAAUGUGUUUUUAUCUAAGGGUUAAUAUCUUAUCUCUCA